UGUCCACCAAGCCAGUAGAUAUAGAUUACGUACUGUAUAUUUUUAUUUGGAAUAGCAAUAUAUUCUAUGAUACAAAUUCUCAACUAACAAUGUACUUGACAUUGAAAGAAAGAAAGUGACAUUACACAAACGUGAACAAAUCGCAUUGAACCAUAAUUCUUAGUUACUUUUACCUGAUUUAGGUACUUACAUCCUUAAAACAAUUUCUUCUAUUUUGUAAUCAAAAAUGAACAUUGAAGAACUUAAAUUCAUAGGAUAUGAUCCAGGAGCAGCUAAAUUCGGAAACUUCAUUAACUAUUACUCAUUUCAUAGUGUUGAACAAAGGAUAAAUAAUCUCAACCCACAGAUGUUUCCACAUCCUAUACCAAAUCAAGAUAUAUUUUGUUUAGACAUUGGAUGUAAUACUGGAGACCUAACAAAAAAAUUAUAUUUAUACUUGGAAAAGGUUUAUCCAGAAAGUAAUAUAAAAAUACUGGCAGUGGAUAUUGAUUCAACAUUAAUUAAGAGAGCACAGGAAACAUCUAACAAUACUAAUAUUUCAUAUCAAACUGCAGAUAUAAUGGAAGACAAUGAUUUGAAUUUAAUAAACAAUUAUUUGUCUUCAUUUGGCCGGAAAGAAUUUGAUAUUGUAUUUUGUUUCUCAGUAACAAUGUGGAUUCAUAUAAAUAAUGGCGACAAAGGUUUACUUACAUUACUAGACUUUUUAAAAUCAGUUUCCAGGUCCAUAAUUGUUGAAGCUCAGCCAUGGAAUUGCUAUAGAAAUGCACAAAGACGAAUGAAAAAAUCUGGAAGUAAUUUUCCUUAUUAUGAAAAAUUAACAAUAAGAAACAAUGUGGAUUUUAUAAUAGAACAAAAAUUGUCCGAGAACACUCAUAAUAAAAUAUAUGAAUCACCAUACUCAAAGUGGAAUAGAAAAGUCCAGAGUUUUCACAAAGUUUGAGAUGUAAAAACCAAUAUUGAAUAUUAUAAACCACAAAACUACAUUGUGUAAUAUAUAUCUUUAUGUAUAUAAUUUUAUUCAUAUGAUGUGACAUAUGAGGAAGAUAAAAUACUCAUUCCUGACUAUGAAGACCGGAAACCCAAUACAAAAUAAACUUUUUAAUCUACCCAAGCUGUAGAAUGACAAAUAAAAUCAAUUGUUUGCAUUAUAAAAGUAAAAUUUUAUUAAAUGACUACCUAUAAACAUAGUACAGAAUGUCUCACUUGCGUGACCAGAACCUCUUGUGGUGCAUUUUAUGUGGUCACUUCUUCUGUACUGGACUCAAAUUCUAACUUUACAUCACUGCCAAGUCCUUCCACAUCCAUUUCAGACUCUUGGGCAUUUAGCAUGUUAAGUGUGACCUGUAAUAAAUAUUAUGAUAAGAAUAUUCAAUAUAGAUCAAUACUUAUAAUUUGCACACAUCAAUAGUAAGCUAUCACUAUAUCUAAAGUUCUAAAUCUCAAUUCCACUCACCCAUUAAACUGCUAGCACUAUUUACUGCUAAAUGUGGCCUCUGAAUUGUGUGAAUACUGCCUAAAUAAUAUAAUCUAACAUACACCUGUA